ACUCCGCCCACACUACACGCGAGCAAAGCGCAACUCAAAUCGGGCCGCAUUUUGGCGCAGUUCGCAUCAAUCAAGUCAAACAAAGGCCGUACGGUUAUUUAUUUCUAUUUUUCGAGUGCAAUCCAUUUGCGCCACCUAAAUCGUUCACGAUGAGUUCGAUCAACGUCAAAAAGCUAAAAGUAAACGAGUUGAAGGACGAGCUAAAAAAGCGUGGCCUCUCCGACAAGGGACUAAAGGCCGACCUGAUGGACCGCCUGCAAACCGCCUUAGAAGAGGAGGCCGCGGCCGAGGAGCAAGAGGCCGCCGAGGAUGAGGGUCUUGAGCAGGCCGCCGAGAAUGAGUGCAUGGGGGAAGAAGAGAUGGAAGCUGGUCCUGGAGACGAAAGCAUGGAAGCUAACGAGCAGGAAGCCGAGGGAGAACAGAACGGGGCUAGCGGCGACGUCGCUGUGGCCGCCGCCGAGGACGAAGAGAUGGGAGACGGGGAAGAGGACGACGACAUGGAUCCAAUGCUCAAACCGGACGUGGAUGACAUGGAGAAAAUAGAGGAAGACGACGAUGAGUUAGAGGAGCAGGCAGCCGAGGGGGAUGCGGACAAAGACACGAAUGCUGAUCAGAAGAAUAAGAAGGGUGUUAAGAGACGCCGGGAGGAACAUGGAAGGGGCUACUUUGAAUUUAUUGAAGAGAACAAAUACAGCUGGGCUUCAUUUAAGUCACCCGUGCCCCCCUUGGAGGAAGAAGAUGAAGAGUUCGAUGACACCAAGGUCUGCUUGGACAACUACAACUGCGACCUGCACUUUAAGGUGUCGCGGGACCGCUUCAGUGCCUCGUCGCUCACAAUGGAGAGUUUUGCUUACCUCUGGUCUGGAGGCAAGGCCACAUAUGGGGUGAAGAAAGGCAAAGUCUGCUUUGAAAUGAAGAUCACAGAAAAGAUUCCAGUGAAGCACAUCUCCAGUAAGAACAUGGAAAUCCAUGACGUUCAAGUUGGCUGGUCGCUCUCUUCUUCAUCACUGCUGCUGGGUGAUGGCAUCCAUUCCUAUGCAUACUCUGGCAAGGGGAAGAAGACAACAAACGCAAUAGUGGAGGACUUUGGUGAAACUUUCAGUGAGAACGACGUCAUCUGCUGCCUAGCUGACUUGGAUGGGGCUGAAAUGGUUUUAUCCUACUCCAAGAACGGUGGGGAGCCAGCAGAAGCGUUCCGUGUGAGCAAAGACGAGCUGAACGGCCAGGCUCUUUUCCCUCAUGUCAUGUGCCACAACUGCGCCGUGGAAUUUAACUUCGGUCAGAUGGAGACUCCAUACUUCCCAGCACCUGCGGGGUUCACCUUCAUUCAGCAAGUUCCCGUGAAUGAGCGUGUCCGUGGGCCCCGCGGGCCGCAGACUAAGGCAGACUGUGAGAUCAUAGUGAUGGUAGGUCUACCAGGCUCGGGUAAGACAACAUGGGUGAAGAACCACGUCCAGGAGAAUCCUGGGAAAUACUACAUCCUGGGAAGUGAUACAAUCGUGGAAAAAAUGAUGAUAAACUCUCCGAAUCGGCAACCGAAAGAGUACAACAAACUGCUUGCCAUUUCCCAGCGUGCACCUCUUUUCUUGGGAAAGUUCAUUGAGAUUGCUGCCCGCAAGAAAAGAAACUACAUCCUGGAUCAUACUAACUUGUCUGCCCCUGGCCAGAAGAGGAAGAUGUGUUUGUUUGCUGGUUUCCAGCGCAAAGCUGUAGUAGUAUUCCCAUCUGAGGAUGACUAUAAGGAAAGAGUCCAGAAGAAGGUCAUGUGUGACGGCAAAGAAGUUCCUGAACAUGCUCUUCUCAAAAUGAAAGGCUUCUAUUCUUUCCCCGUGGAGGGCGAGAGCUUCAACGAGGUGCUCUUCGCCGAGCUGCCGAGAGACGACGCCGGCAAAAUACUGGAAACGUACAAAGAGGAAAGCAAGACGGCCCUGCCUGCCGAGAAGAAGCCCAACCAGGGAAGCACGACACCCAAGCGAGGCGGCGGGAACCGCGGAGGCGGUCGCGGAGGGAAGAACCAAUUUGGCCGCAACAGCGGACCCCCACAGAGAGGUGGCGGCGGUCGCGGGGGCUUCCAGAACCGUGGGAACUUCAGAGGAGGCCCAAACCACCGUGGUGGCUUUAACCGCCCACCUCGGGCAUACCCGCAACACCCUGCCUUCAGAGGGGGUUACAACAACCGCGGCAACUUCAACCGCAGCGGCGGUCACGGCCCCGGCAUGGGCGGAUCCCCCAGAGGCAGCCCCAUGAGGGGUAACAUGGGGCACAGAGGCAGACAUAUGAAUAGAGGUGGCCCAAUGAACAGAGGCAACAUGAACAGAGGUGGCGGCAUGAAUCGCGGUGGAAACCGAGGACAUCACAACCAGUUUCAACAGAGAGGCGGCGGCCGAGGAAACUACGGCAACAAGAACGGCAAUUUUGGCAACAACAGGAACAGCGGCGGUUUUGGGAAUAGGAACGGCAUGGACAAGGCGCAGGCCUUCAACCAGAGCUGGCAGCAAGGGUUCUGGAACCAGAAGCCAUGGGGCCAGCAGUAUCAGCCCAGCUAUUACUAAGACUCUUACUUUUACCAAUGGACUGAUGGCCACACUGAAAACCACUUUUGCCACGGACCAUCACUCCUUCACCAUCAACGCAAUUUUUCAUAAGAGCCUGCAUUAAUAAGACGAGCAACAUGGUCAACAUUCCGCUCCAGUGGCAGACCAGGCAACGUGAGACGUGUGGAUGUUUUUUUUUUUUUUUCCUUUUGUUGUAUAUUUUGUUUCUCACCACUUUUAAAUGAUGUUUUAAAAAGAAAAAGUUUGUAAUAUCAAGAACGAGAAACUUUUUUUUUUCUCCAUUUGCUUCAUUUGUAUUCACUGUAAAUAUUUGUUUUGAGUAGUUUUCUCAUUGUGGCAUCUAAUGAUAUUGUCGGUAAAACAAACAAAACAGCAGAUAAAAGCAGUAAGUUUCUAUUGUGCCCCCUCCCGAAACUGUACUCCAACUUGAUAGACUUCCAAUAAACACAACUUUCCUUGUUUACGACUGGCUUGUGACUUAUGUUCAAAGGUGUAAAACACCUUUGAAUGGCCUAUUUGUAGAGAUCUAAACUGGCCCUCAUUAUUAAUUAAUCAGCCCUAUUGUGUGCGCUACACUAUUUGAAACUGACAUUUAGAAAGGAAAAUAUCACCCAUAUAAUGUUGUGGGUGUGCCUUUUAUUAUGCUCUAGAUGCAUUUGUUUGAAGAGCAAGCAGACGUGAACACUCACUAAGUAUGUUUAAAUGUUAAUGUUAAAAUAGAAAUGAGUAAGUAAAAGAAAAAACAGUUUAGAAUCAAAAGCAGUACAGUGAUCCCUCGUUUUUGCGGUUAAUGGGGACCAGGACCUGCCGCGUUAGGUGAAAAAAAACACAAAGUAGCGCCCCCUCACCUCCCAAAAAUAUUUUUUUUGCGAUACAUAUGAGACAUUUUUUCACUUCCCAAAGUAUAAUUUAAAAAAUACAUUUAUAUAUUUUAACAAAUAGUUUUAAAGUGCCUGUGACACCAUAAAAAAUUGCAUUAUUAUGGAAAUUAAAAUCAUAUUUUGAGACAAUUCCACUAUCUACAACAAUUUGGCAAAGCGCAGAUGACGAGAAAUGAGUCAAUCUGCCGUUUAGCUACACCUGUCAUUAUAGCGCUCUAGCGCCUCCAUCUGGAUGAUGACGUUGGCGGAGUAACGAUUUCAGUGAUUUAGGAUUCAUCCCAAUGAAGGAGGAAGAUUCAGAACGAGGAAAAUGCGACCUUAAGCAGCAAAAUGUCUUUUUUUUUUUUUUUUUUAAUCUCUCCAGUAUUUUUACAGGAUUCUUUUUAUCUAGUUUUUUUUCCCCAAUUGCUAAAUAAAUUGGAUGGUCAUGACAAAUAAGUCUUGUGUUAAAAAUGGAUUUAUUCAGUACGACAGGGCUAAAUCACUGCUUAGUGGACAAAACAUCUUUAACCUCCCAAACUGUAUUUUAUGCCACUGGAGUUGGUCUGCUCUUGUUAUUUUCCUGGGGGGACUAGGCGACAUGCUAACCCGAACUGAGUGGCUCUUGCAAGUCUCUUCCUCGCCUUUCGAAAACGAAAAAUCACACAAAACUACCCUGACUCAUGUCGCAAACAGAAGCGGGGGUGAUAGCCUUCACCGAUCGGCCAGUCCCCAGCGGCGAGCUAGUUUCGGCUCGUCGUUCUGCUGCUGCCACGGCAGGCAGGCCGUGCUCGUCGCCAGGGAUGCAGAGGGGAAUGAACGCCAAAAAUGGCGCAUUCUCAGUGGACAAACUGGCCGGCAUUUGAGCGCAUGGCUGGCCGAGCCCAAGCAGAGUAUAGUGCUCUCUAGGGGGGCACGUGAAGAGGGCUGAGGGGGGUAGAAGUCUCGACACAAUCGAGAACCGGAGACAAGAGUGGGGCGCUCCCCGAGCCCAAUCUGGAAAUAGCGCUCUAUAGGUGGGCACGCCUUUAUCAGCCGGUGACCGUGGUGUGCAGCAAGCCGCCGGUCGUCGGCCGAGUGGCUUUCUCGGUGGACAAGGAGCAGUGUCACCCACAAAAUGCAAGCCACCUCCUUAUUGAAACGUUUACCAUGAUCCCAGUAAUUGACAUAACAUAAAACACGUAGCGUACUCACUUCGUCAUCCAUCCAAUGGUCUCUUGAUUGUCUGAUUUGUUUUGCUCAUUCUUCUCGGUGAACAGAAUCUUUUGGAAAUCCAAAAAGCAUCAAACAUCUCUCCUUGGUGUAGCAACAAAACCCUGCAGCACAUUGGGCUGGCGUGACGCAAAAAAUAAACUAAUUAAUCCGCAAAAUCAGCUGAAUCCUUCUGCAUACGAUAGUAAUGGCUGUAUAGCAAAGAUUAUCCGCUGACAUCACAUUCGCCUUCUUCCUCAGUCCAGACUCUGGCCGGAAGUCACUCAUUUUCAUGGCACGGGAUUAAAAAAAAAUUGAAUAAAUAUAUCGAUCGCUUCCACGCGCAUCCAAUCGGUCCAUUUCAUUCAGGAGCAUAAAAUAUUGCAUGAAAUAUGAAAUAAACAUGCUUUUUGCUGUCAUAGGCACUUUAAGCACUUCAAGUAUAAGUUUUAAACACGUUACUGUCCCACCGAAUUAUUUUUGAACAACAAUAUAGUAGAAAAAGGCUUGUCUUUACUAAACGCUUCAUUGAGCGAGUCCACUCAAAUCUGCUCAAGCUGCCCACUUACAAUGAGUUGCCACAUCAACUGUUUAACAAGUUAAACGAUGAUUGACGCAUGCGCCACUUUGAAGUUUCGGCUUCCAAACGUCUCUGGCAAGAUCAAACCUUAACGUCUGUCAAUCAUCAUUAACUUUAAUAAGCAACUCCAGUGCCACUGCCUGACCAAGAAAAGCGGCAGGAGUGCAAGACUACGUGAUUGGAUCAGGACAGCUGUAUAAAAAACUGCAUUUAUUUAUUUAUUCUUGAAAAAAAAUUUGCAAUGGACUGAGGGAGCGAAGUUUGAAGCGCAAAAUAGCGAGGGAUCACUGGAUAUUGCUUAGUUUUUUUAACAGCACUGGAUUUUACCUGUGCACAAAUUUGCAUGUUUACAGUAUAGCAGAGACAAAGUAAGCCAAUCAGCUCGCUCAUCCUACACCAGCAAAAAAGGGCUACACAGUUCAUGUAUUUAUAAUCCACACAUGAGCAAGUCAAGUUUCUCCAUUGCCAAACAAUACUUCUGUUCCUUACACAUUCAGUACACGGGACUUACUUUUGCCUGAUCAAAAG